UUUCCUUCAACAACAAUCCCUGACUCGCAUUUGCCGUCUCGUUCGUUGCCGUUAAUGCAUAUUUUCGUAAACACUGCAUAUUAGACUACGAAACCGGCCGGUCUUAUACCGCCGUGACCUUUCCGUUUAUUUCGCUCUGCCAAUUAUUCAUGUAACAAAUGGUCCGACGACUGAGAAAAUACCUGUCGGUUAUUACAGUCGUCCUUCUAUUUUGCCUUGUUUUCUUUCCUGUCCUAUGCCGUGUUAACCGGUGACCGUUAUUUCCGGCAUCGCCGUGCCAUUACCUGGCCACCCGGCAAUUUCUCUUGCGCAUUGCCACAGCAUGGACCGGCAACAUACCGGAAACAGCGUUGAUCCCAACGGCCGUCAGGCACCAGUUUACAGGUACACCGGCCUGAACCCAUCGACUUUGGGCAACCGGUACGUACUUGACCAUUUCUGUCACGUGAGUGUUGCUAAUGAGUUUCAUCCUCUUGCCAAUCGUCAAACAGUUUUGACAACUGUAAUUUCGGAAGUCCCCAGUGCACGUACGGUUUCGUUCGCCCGAUUGGAGGUGUUAAAAAAUUAUCUUGAACCAUUUCUGGAUUCCAAUGAAAUCGAGCGUAUAACAACCGUAAACAAUACUUUUCUUGACGAUCUUCGUCUUGCGGAAUUCACAAGUUGCAUAAGUGCCCUUUCCAAAAUUGACACAGAUAUACCGCUCAAACCGUUCUUUCCGUCGCUGUACUUGGCUAAGCUAGCCGUAGGAAAUUACGGAUUAACACGCGGUUUUCCCGCUCCUUUCGCAUGCAGAUGCGUAACGACACAACUUGAUUUGACAACGCCGUCGCUGACCUUUCAGUGUAAUACUGAUCCUGGCAUAUGUGACGCACGGACAAUUAAUUACUCGGAGCUCAUUGCCCCGAUCGUGAGGUGCAGCAAUCGGGCCCAACGUUACGGUCUUUAUUUAUAUAAUAAGCUUGUCCCAGAUUUCUUCUGUCUGGAAUGCUUUUAUAAAGCCACCAACCACGAGUUGUUUACCGACGGCUAUUUCCAGCAUCCCAACGACUUGACCGUUAAAACUUGUCAGGCAGGGCAUCGUACACGAGAACCCAACCAUUGUGAUCAUUGUAGUACGACCAGAAUUUACCACCGACACCUUGGGUAUCCUCCCGGUCAAGUCUCUUAUGUGCACGCGCAACGGGAUUUCAAUAACAGAAUAGCUCACGAUUUUGCGCAUUCGUUUUUUUUGUUGAGGAAAAUUCUUACGCAGAUCCCACUAAUCAGGUCUGUGUAGUGCUUCGCUAUGCCAAAACAACGCAUCCUGAUUCUGCGCCACUGACAAAACGGCUCUGGGCUUGGCUUUUGCGGCAAAACCUCGGCGAAGUUGCCGACACGUACAAAACCUAUCGCAGAAAUUUUCACAACCAUCCGUUAAUAUAUCAGUUUUUGACAUUGAUCCCCCACAAUGACGAAGCCAGAGUCGUAGCUUUCAAAGCAUUAAUGCCGUUUUUGCCGAUACACAGUUCUCCUGUUAUUGGCAUUUUUCCGACUUCGUCCAGGGAGCACAUCUGCCAUGUCGCGUACCACGAUACGGAUAUCAGUUUUGACUGUAAAUGCUUUACAAACAAUGCCCUCCGGGCGAUCGGUCAGGACUUCAUACUCCUUAACAGGGAUCGAGAAGACGCAGUAGUUAUUUCAUCCAGAACGACAGACAUUUUUAACAUUCGUCUUUGUGAAACGCGGAAAAAUAACGGAAGGUGUAAUAAACCAACAGAUACCCGCGUCCUGUACCAGAAAGGUCGUCCCGUCUUCCUUUGUACUCAAUGUCUCAUAGCCGCCUACCGCCACCGAAUGUGCGUUUGCGGUACGGAAGUGGUGUUGGUAGAAUGCACUCCGCCGAUGAUGGAGUGUAUUCGCGGCCACAAGUAUCACGCAGAAUGCGCUGUUAGCGACAUAUGUCCUCAUUGCGCGUAUUUGUUCCCGAUGACGGAAAACGCUUCUAAUGCGAGGAAGGACUCUGACAGUCCACCUCCUCUGGAAGCAUAUUCUGAUUCCGACGCGGAAUCUACCGUAACUGUGAAUUUGGACGAAGAACCACCGAGAAAGGGACCUACGGUUCACAACUUCGCAUACGCUCCGGCUAAACCAGGAAAUCGGGAAGGUCUUACGAGCGACGACUCAGGACCAGAAAACGAGGCACCGCCGCCUCCAGUUCCUGCAAAACGCAUGCGCGCUGGUCUACCCAGCUUUGUGACACUAUCGCUGUUUCUUUUACUUUGUACGUUGUCGGGUACUUCCGCAUUAAAUACGACUUUGUGCGACUGUUCGCGCAGUAAAUAUGUAGGAAUUGCUGACCUUUCAGCCAGAAUUAGGUGCGAUCAGCUUGAUAGCCCAAUCCGGGAAACUCACGAUGUGAAGUACCACAUUCUCGACUAUAAGAACAUUACCCGACUUUUCACAGGCUCCGCAUGUCGUAUGAUUAUGAAAAGUACGAUUCAAGAAGGGUUCUUUUUCGGAGGCUAUAAUAGCCAGAAUUUCGAAAUUGCACUUCCGGUCACCGCUGACCAGUGCCGUGAGAUGGCAAGAACGAAGGUCUGUAAUGGAAAUGAAAUGACUAAAAGCGGACGUUCGUGGGUGUACGACGCAAUACCCGUAGUCGACCGCCGGUGGAACCAGUUCCGCCGUGCUGACGUCGUUACCUGCCUUCUGGAAAACGUAACUCUUGAGACAACGUGUGACGACUGUCCGGUACUCUCUACAACAGGCGAAAUCUCUUCGUCCAUCCGCGCUGAAUUCAGUGUCCAUCCACACGUAACUUAUGUGUGGGAUACUGACAAAAACUUGACGAAAUGUCGUAUCAACACCGUACUCAACAGCGAGGACAGUUGUUCCAGUUAAAAUCGGGAGAGAUUCACAUCCGUGAUCACUUGCAUCAACUUAGUUUUACGGUAGAAGAGAAAAUGGAAAGAACUUGCGAUGAAAGUGCGUCCGUCCAUUACGUUCGAUCGCACCCAACGCUCAGAAUAAAAUUCUACCACGGUUACUAUCGUCCGAACUCUACUGCAGAACUUCGUCCUCCCGUUCGCCCACCUGUUGGAAUUCAGAGUCGACUGAAUACAAACCUUUCGGCAGAAAUAACGACUCUGCUGUCAUCGCACUUACAAUACGUAGAGGAUUUCUUCGCCUUUCAAGAAGUGAAAAUCUUAAAUCAUCUACACCGGCUGCAGUGCCAGGCAGAUCGCACUGAGAUGGAAACUCUGAUUCUGCUCAGUCAGUUUUCACCCGUUGUCGUCGGAGCCAAACUUGGUUUUUCGAAAUGUCAAGCCGCAGUCGUUCUCGGAGACUCUGCCACCAUCUACCAAUGCACUGAAGUAAACGUUACGAUUGGAGUAAAAUACUCCACGUGCGAACCAAAUCCGUACAUCGCAGCCGAAAACGAUGACCGCGGAUACACCAUCGCACUCGAUGGCAAAACUCUAAAGAGACAUUCAGUUUGUCUCCAUCGUCAUUCCGUGGUCAUUAUCCAUGGAGCACUUUACCGUUACCAGGAUGGUACGUGGACGCCGGUAAACCCGACUUUCCAUAAGUCGCUAUCUCAUUGGCAUUUUAUGACAAAAUUCCUAACCGAUAACCUGGAAGAAACUCUCGGGGACUCCAUGUCCGUUGACCCCUUUCGAUUUCUGGACUUGACGGCCGAAUUGUCCGGCCUUAUGUUGGAGACUGAUUGUUGCCGCCCCCGUUCGCGCCGGCAGUACGAUUUCCAGCCUCGACGGCCGGAAACGGCCGCGGUCAUCGCCACCGCUACGUAAACCCAGGACAGGAACCCUUCUCGGACUGUACCCACACGGACGGUGGACAUUCCCAUGACGCCGCGUUACCGUCCUUCGGACAUGGUGCGACAGGAUCCUGUCUACGCCAAUGCGCGUAUGGUCACCGAGGACACGGAUGGAUCAACGAUCGGCGCCCGGACUCCCUCCCCGCAUCACACGCUUGGCCCACGGACGGAACCGACGGUGACCUUUGGAAAUGCGUUGAUGGAACAGCGCCGGAAGUUGGCACCGGUUCGGUACGGAACUCCACCGACCAUGAGCAGCGUAUAACCGCUUAGCAUUAGCCUUAUUUUUCCGCUCAUGUAAAGUCAGCCAGCAAAUUAAUUAAAAUUUCUCAAAAAAAAAAUUUUUAUUGCAAAAUUUCAAAAAUAUUGUAUUUUAUGCUGUUUGUUUUUAUAUUUUGCUUAGAUAAUUCAAAUCAAGUCAGGUUCUCGCUUGUAUUUAGUCCAAUUUAACAUGGUCAGGAUUAAUUACUUGAAUUUUCAAUAAAAAGGAUCAUUUUAUUUUGUAGAAAAUUUAUCACAAACAUUGGUCAGGAAAUUUCCUUGGUUACUUGUCAGAUUUUGAUUCAAAUUUUUAAAACAAAAGAAAGGUUCGUGAAGAUCGGCCCAGUUCUAUCCCGGGAACCCAGUUCUAUUGGGUUCGCUACCUGAAGCUUUAGGUCGCCGAUUUUUAUCAGUCAUUACAGCCUUGCAAUGAUCAGUGAGUGCUCGUAAUAGGUAGCCAGCAUUAUGGCCAUGGUUAACUCAUGGUAUUUGUGUGAAUAGACUGAGAUCAAAAUUUUCUGGGGCGAAAUUAGAUAUUGAAGCUUAAAAUAAAAUAGUUAACGGAUAAGCUGGUGCAGCAGUUUGUUUGCACAGUGUCUACGCGAAUGAAGAAUCGCUCACAUGCUUCAAAAUUUCCUUAAAUAACGCAGUCUAGAAUCGAUGUACAAAACCCUGUCUGAAACAGCAAUACCAUCUGCUGUGAAGUCUCUGCAGAAAACUUGUCCGCAACAGCAUGACAUUGGCUGUAAUGUCUCUGACCAAAGCCUGUCAGCACCAGCAUUAAAAAUAGCUGUGAAAAACAAAAAAAAAACGAAUUCCGUACGGGAUCGUCGAACGCGCGACUCGAUCGCAGAAGACACAAAAAUAUCAGUCAGACACGAGUUUAGCAUCGUAGACUGUAUGCACUAAAGUUGCAUUAUAAAAAAACGGGGAAAAGAGGCGUGUGUUUAGACAAGCGAACGAACAAUGUUUGAAACCAGUGACUUAAGAUCUAUAAAUUUUGUUGUGUCGAUUUUGCCUCAGAGAAUGGAAUGUCUGUUUAUUUGCGUGAAUACGGUGUUGUGUUGUGGUUUUGGUGUAUGGUUAACCGCUGAUCAAAGUUCAAGUUCAAGGACGACCGAAAGAUAUCAUUGAUCGAACCGCAUUUAUUAUAAAAUGAGUCAGGGAAUUUAAAAUCCAAAAUAUUUAUCAAUUGAAAAUUUGGUUCAAUCCGGUUUUCCCUAAAAGCGUUCUAUAAAUAAAAUUCAGAAUAUUCCGCUGUACUAUCUGUACUUCUUUUAACCGCAUCAAGUAUAGAUAUUAGUUGCAUCUUACUAUCUGCUAUUUCGUAGAUGUAUCUCAAAAAUUUCAAAAUGCAACAUAGCUGCUUUAACGCAUUGCUGGUUGACUGGCUUUUCUGCUUUUCUUAUGUUAGUUAUGGACUGCGGACAGUCCUUUUUCAUGGAGAGAAGUGUUACAUGUAGACUUUGUUCUGAUGCUCGGCUCGCUACUUCUCCCUUGCCCAAUGCCUGAAUCACUUAGUAUGUGCCGAUUCUCCUUUAAUGCGCUUUCUGAUUGUUAAGGGCGAUAUGCCCGUGCAUGCUGUUAUCUGAUAUACCGUUCCACUUGUUGCUCUUAUAUCCCGCUGUUUUCGUGCAUUUCGGAGAGUUACAACAGUGCAGUCCAAUUUCCUUCAACAACAAUCCCUGACUCGCAUUUGCCGUCUCGUUCGUUGCCGUUAAUGCAUAUUUUCGUAAACACUGCAUAUUAGACUACGAAACCGGCCGGUCUUAUACCGCCGUGACCUUUCCGUUUAUUUCGCUCUGCCAAUUAUU